AGAGUCAAGUUUCAAGAAUAGACAGCAAUAUAGGAAUCAAUAGUUUGAUGCACUAUACUGACAUACAAUUUUAAAGGUUCUCCAAACAAAGUUAAAUCAAUGACAUUUAAGCACUGAAGUGUCCAGUUAAACACGCUGAUGUCAGAAGUCAAAGAGACAAAGAGUGACUUUAAAUGUGUGGGUUGUUUCUCUGACUCUUUAUUGUUGUUUACAGACUCUAGAGGUUACAACAGAGAUGACUGUGAUUUCCCAAGACACCUAUUUUAGUGAUAGCUGUCAGGUAGUAGGGACAGUGUAUGCAUGACAAAUAUUUAGGCAAAAAUUGCUUACAGGGCCUUUAAUAUUGUAGAGUCACAUUGAAGAUGUUGCCAUCACAUCAGAGACCUUUAUAUAAACAUAUAAACAUUUAGUUUGUGGAGCAGAAUGGGGUAACUGUCUUUUAUGGGGUAAAUAUUAAUAUUUAUUUGUUUUGCAUUGUUUUAUAAAAAAAACAUUAAAACAUUAAAAAGCUGUUUAAUAAUGGAUGACUUAAACCUCUUCAUAGCGGCUCAGACAAUCCGCUAUAUGCAAAAUAACACCAAGUCAUACAUGAUGAAAGUGACGAUCGAUUCUACUGACACACAAAUCCAUUUUAUUAUUAUGUCAAUAAUCUAAUCUGUUUGUAAAUGGCUAGAGAAAAGGAUAAAGCUCACAGACUGCUGAAAAUAAUUGGUGUCCUUUUGGGACAGACAUCUGUGUUUUACAGCUUUACAAGAGCCCAAGGACGAAGCUUUAAUAUGGGGACACAAUGUAUUUAUUUAUUUAUGUGUUUUUGGACUCUCAGUAAAAAUUGCAACUCUGGCUUUUCUUCAGUCAGUGCUAAAUAGGAGGACCUGCAAGGCUAUUCAUCCAUGCAAAAUGAGAGCACAGCCUUUAAAGACCUCUUGCCGACCGAAGAGCAAAACAACUCCACUCGCAACGAUGGGAAAGCUUCUACCGAAAUCAUCUAACUAUAGCCAUAAUCAGUUCUCCAGGGAGAGCAGUUUUUCCAGAACAACAUCUACUGCUUUUGCCAGGACAGCAGAGACCUUGAUUACACCUUUGUCUUUAGCACCCCAGGUGUCCGUUGCUGACAGAUUGCUUUCCUCCCAUGCCGUUAUACGAAUGAAGACCCUUACUGAUCUCAGCACCUUUCAGUAAGUCACAAAUAUUGUGAAAACUAAUAGCACAGUUCAAUUCUAGCUUUCAGGUAUGUCAAAAAACAGCAAUAGCAAAAACAUUUUUAAAUCACUCGUUGACUGAAAACAUCGGCUUGCCGGUAGGCGACUAACAACAAGAUUCUAAAAACCCCUAAGCGACCAAAAUGCUUUUUGUCAACCAGCACACACCCCAUCAGUCCGACAGCUUGUUGAGCAACAUCCCUCACAGCAACACUGCAGUCACAGUCGAAAGUUUAAUUGAGUCAUACUUAAAGAAGAGAUGUAGCACAGGUAAAACCAACAACUCUGCAACACAACAAAAUAAAAAACGAAUUGAUGUCAGUUAUGCAGUGAUUUAUUUUUUCAGAGUUUAAUACCAAUAAACAUUACAUCUGUUUCCACCAGCUGUACUCAACUCAUGAGUUUAAACAACAUUUAACCUUAUCUGCUUUUCCAGACACUUCAGCAUCUGGUGAACAGGUAAUGACGCAACCAAGUCUUCCACAGAUUACUAUACGAGUUACAUCUGUGGUCUUGGUUGUAAAUGUCAGUCUCAAAAAUAUUCUCAGAUGUACAGGAGCAUCCUCAUAAAUUGGCAUCAAGCCAAACUUUGCUUCUGGCAUCACAGAGUUGCUCAACCAGCUACGGCAGAGCGACCUGAUCUUGUGAUGCCGUUUCAGGGCAAUUGUAGGCUAAUGGUUAGAUAGUGGAGUUUUUAACCCAAAGGUCGCUGGUUUGAGUUUCAUUGCUAGCAGGUUGCGACUGAGGUGCCCUUGAGCAAAGCACCCUUUGCCAAGAUCUUCCCCAGGCACUGCAGUAAUAGCUCCCCACUGCUCCAGGUAUGUGUGUGUGUGUGUUUAUGUAUAUGUUAAAAGCAGAGGUCUCAUUUCGAAUAUGGGCUACCAUACUUGACAAUCAUGUCACUUUCAUUUCAGUGGAAGCUUGGCAACAACUGGCGCACAAGCACCAAGUGUCCUUUGGUGACAAGAAUUGGGCAUGUCUAGCGAUUUGAGAAAGUUUGGAAAAGUGACUUUCAGGAGUGAGGCUACCCAUAGACCCUCGUGGCAUCAGAUUGCUUCCCAGUUUCCCGUCAAAAAGGGCCUCCUUCCCCAUCCGUCUCUUCCAGAUGAUCAGUUACUUCACCGCUUACCUGCACAGUGACCUGAGCGUGCGCUUGAGGAACCAUUCGGAGCUCGAGAGGAAAUGUGUUGAGCGUCGAAAUUCACCUUCUGUUGAAGAAGCGGACACCAGCGCAUUACUUUGGAAAGACUAAAAACAAAAUGACAACAAAUUCCACUGGAAUAAAUUCUUCGAGAGAAGGCAGUCUGGAGAAAUUUACGCAUUUUCAAAAAGAUGAAUUCGAAAAUGACUGGGAAAAAGUGGCGGAGAGCAAGUUUGGUCAAGUCUACAAGGUGAAGCUCAAACUCUGGCGGGAAACAUGCGCAUUAAAGACAACGACCGCUGACUACAGGAACAUGAGAAAGAUGUCCAGAAUUGGAAGAGUGAAAUUUCAUUAUUUAAUUUCCAUUUAUGGAAUAAGCAUCGAUCCACCUGCUUUAGUUAUGGAAUAUAUGAGCAAAGGGUCUCUGGAUAAUCUCAUUAACAGUCAUGUGUUAAUGUGGCCCAAGAAGUUUCAAAUGAUCCAUGAAGUAACCAUGGGAAUGAAUUUUCUGCAUAGUAUGAAACCUCCCAUUCUUCACCUGAACCUAAAACCAGCCAACAUCCUUUUUGAUAAUCAUCUGCAUGUAAAAAUUUCAGAUUUUGGCAUGGUUAAAUGGGAGGACUUCUCCAAUAAGAUGGAAUUCGCUGAACACCUGACAGCUCGAGGGAACAUAAACUACGUUCCUCCGGAGACCUUUACCCAGAAUCAAGAACAGCCUGGAACCAAGUUUGAUGUAUACAGCAUUUCUAUAAUCAUGUGGGAAAUUCUCACACAGCAGCGCUCAUAUCAAGGGUUAAACUUGACAGAAAUAUUAAUCAGAGUGUCAUCUGGCAAAAGGCCUAACAUAGACAAGAUCCCAGAAGACAAGCCACCUGAAUGCGAGGAGAUGAUUGAACUCAUGCAGCAGUGCUGGCACCAAGACUGCAUCCAGCGACCUGCUUUCUCUGAUAUGGUUCGGGUGACUGAAGACCUCAGUGAAAUCCUUCGAAUCUCAGACGAUAUUCUGAGGAAUGAGAGGAGGUGCAGCAUUUCUCAACAAGUCAAGCUGAAUAUUCCAAUAAAUAAAGAUGACUCGUCGGACGUUUCCCCGUGCGUUCACUCUCUCCUCAUUAAUAAAGACUUUGAGACGUUUAAGAAAGUUCUGAAAAAAGAGCAUGUGUCGAUGCUCUUCAAGGACAACAAUUCGCUCCUGCACCAUGCUGUGGCGAGUGGUGACAGAGAAAGUGUACAGAUGGUCCUGGAUCUGGGCGCUUCGGUGAACUGCCAGAGUGUGAAAGGCUACACCCCUCUGAUCGUUGCUGUUCUGCACAAAUUUUACGAAAUCUGCAGUCUGCUGACCGACCGCGGGGCUGAUGUCAACCUGUGCGACGCUGACUUGUGGACCGCACUGCAUUAUGCCACCCAGGCAGGAGAUGAGAGAGUCACUCGCCUGAUGUUAAACAAUAAGGCGAAAGCCGAUGCCAAAGAGAAGGACGACUGGACGCCCUUGCACUUAGCUGCUCAGAACGGCCGCGAGAGCAUAGUGAGGCUCCUGCUUCGACGCCUCGAUGGUGUGGACGAGCAGGAGGGUAAGUGCGGGCGGACGGCGCUUCACAUAGCCUGCCUGUAUGGCUACGUAAAUAUCGCCAAGCUUCUGCUCGCCAACGGGGCUGACAUAAACAAAACAGAUUACACGCAAUCAACUCCUCUGCGCCUGGCGGCAGAUGAGGGUCACUUCAGGGUGGUGCAUUUGCUGGUGAAGAGCGAGGCCGAUGUCAAUACAGUUGAUGAGCGAAGCUACAGUCCCCUUCAUUUUGCUGCUCUGAAAGGUUACACGGGAAUAUGCAGGCUCCUGUUGAAUAAAGGAGCCAACCCCGAUAUCAGAACCCACCAGAACUGGACGGCCAUGCACCUGGCAGCCCUGAAGGGCCACCACGAGACGAUGCUUGUGUUGGAGGAGUACCACGCUUCUGUCAACGCCCAAGGGAAGGACGGCUGGACACCGCUUCAUCUGGCAUGCCAUCAUGGGCAGGAGGAGGUGGUCAACGUGUUGCUGGCAGCAGGUGCUGACCCUAACCUAGCUGAGGAUAACAACUGGACACCUCUUCACUUAGCCUGUAACACUAGCUGCUUCCCAGCCGUGCUGCAGCUGAUAUCCCAUCAAGCUAACGUGAACGCCCAGAAUAACAGCCAGUCGACACCGCUACAUUUAGCCGUCCAGCACAGCAACAUUCCCAUUAUCAAAGCACUACUAAUGAAUAAUGCACAGCGGUGGAUGCUGGACUCGAAAGGAUGCACUGCCUUAACCUUGGCCCAAAGGUGCAACAACACCGAAGCAGUACUGUUACUGGACAGCUAGCAAACCGGUUAAGAGCGAGCUGUGUUUGGUGACAGAUAACUCGGCCGUUAGAGAGAGAGAGCAGCAUUGAUUUCUGCUAUCGAUUUCCUUCCUCUGCAAAGCCUGUUCUUAUAAACACAGUCAAUGCUUUUCUUGAUUUAAAUUCUAAGAAUUUAACGACUUGGUAGCACAGAGCUCAGGUGUGUUCUCAGAAGUGUUAUGAAUGAAACCAAUUCGACUGUUUUCCUAGCUGUAUGUAUUUAGAAACAGAUAUUUACACAUUUGGUAUCAAUAUGUACAUUUGAGGUACUAAAAUACUCUUCUUAAGUACACAUGUGAAACUUUGUACAGGUACCGCCCCAUGCGCAGUGAUAGCUUUUGUACCUUUUUUGAAAGUGCAGUAAAACGUUUAAAGAGAAAAUUUGUGUCUACCACAAAUUGUGUGUUUUUGAUACCUAAUUGUGUAUUUAGUUGAAUGCAUUAAUAAAUGUAUGGUACAAUAUGAAAUUUACCGUCAUGUCCAACAAUGUAUGCACAUACAAAUGUCAUAGUAAAAUAUUAUAAGCAUUCGUGGAAUUCAAAUUAUGUUUUACCUUUAUUCACACACACAUACAUACAAACUAGUUUGACAACAUGUUUCUCACUUCCCGAAAGGCUUCCGCUUCUGAUUAGAAAGCUUUGUAAACUUAGUUCAAACUUGGUUGAACCUUUCCUUGUUAUUGUACAAUAGCAUGACCACACAAAAAGUAUGGGUGGUUGUGCUUCAGUCGAACUUACGCUACACAUAAGCACAGCUAUGUGAUAGUAUAUUCCAUUGGUAGCAUUUUAUACCAAGUUUAGUGUCAUUGGUCCAUUAGUUCAUAGUCUCUGCCAACUUUAAAACAUUUAAAAAAUCACUUCAUACUCAUUAUAACAUACAGUAUAUAAAAGUUUUCCUGUGACAGUAAUUGUUCAUGCUUAAAUGCAGCUGGAAUGUAACUUUACACCCUUGCCUCAUUCGUACAACGACUGACGUUUGACAUCACAACACAGCGAGAGCACUCUCGCGGUAGUGUGAUGUCACACGCGUCAAAGUCUGCCCAUGCGAUGACCAAUCACAACAGGCGGAGUUGCUCUUCACAUAAGCUAAAGAGCGCGAAGCCUUUUAGACUACGAUGUGCGAGAUAAUGCAAGUAAACAUUGAAUAUUAUACAGCUAUUUAAUGAUAAAAAUGUUAAACAACUGACUUAAUAAUCAGGGAAGGCAAACUAAUAAAGUUUUCUUUACAUGGUUUUCUUGGAAGCCUUCAGUAAAUUCACAUUUAUAACUUUAUUUUUUUUACUGAUACAGACGAAAAUGAAAAGACUGCUUCAAACAAAGCUCAGAUUUGAAAAGAGAAAAUAUACAGGGCAAGAGAAUGCAAUUUGCAACCUCACCAC